AUGGGUUGUUGUGUGAGUUCUAGUCGCAAAACCUCCACCUCGCCACUGAGAAAGUUUCAUGGCUCACCAAAACCUCUUACUAUCCGAGAAAAGUCUUUAGAAAGCAGCAGAGCAAUAGAAGAAGAGAGUGAGACAGUGAAGCAGGUGCUCCUGGAAGCCCCAAAAUGGAACCCAACAAACUUUGCCAAACCGAAACCUCAAAAGCCGCCCCAAAACAAGUUCAAAGAGGAGCAAAGCAAGGUUGAGAAACAGCCAUUGUCCAUUUACAAAGCCGAAUACCCCUUGGAAGAAGUUUGCAGCUUGAGCGAAACCGUCUCCACAACUACUUCAAUCACCGAUCACAGAGAAGAAACGCGCAAAAGGGUCGAUCGAUCUCAGGCCAAACUGCACAAAAAUGGUUCCUUUCCCGGUGAUAGAAGAGAGAGAACAGUGCAUGGUCCAAGGAACAAUGUUGGGUCUGUGAGGCUGGUCCAGUGCAGAGACCAAACGGCUCAGAAAACAGGCAACGGCGGAACUCGUCGUCGGCGAGAUCCCACCGAGAAACCUUUACGGCAGUCAAGGUCGCCGUCCACGGGUGCCGGCAUAGGAGGAUGUAGGUCCGCCGUGGGUCGUAGCCCUUCUGUGAGAAAAACUAACCGGUGCCCGACAAGGGUAAGAACCAGCACGGCGGAGAACGGUUGCUGGAAGAAGGAGAAUUCAGCGUCCACAAGGAAAUGCGUUUCUGGCAGCGAGUCACUGGAGAAUCCAUUUGUGUCAUUAGAAUGCUUCAUCUUUCUAUAG